GAUCUUUGAGCUGAAGGCAGAGCUCAACAGUGAUAAGAAAGAGAAGAAGAAGGAGGCAGUGAAGAAGGUCAUUGCGUCUAUGACAGUGGGAAAAGAUGUCAGUGCUCUGUUUCCUGAUGUUGUGAACUGCAUGCAGACGGAUAAUCUGGAGCUGAAGAAGCUGGUCUAUCUGUACUUGAUGAAUUAUGCCAAGAGCCAGCCAGACAUGGCCAUUAUGGCAGUCAACACCUUUGUGAAGGACUGUGAGGAUCCAAACCCUCUGAUCCGUGCACUGGCUGUGCGCACCAUGGGCUGCAUCCGAGUGGACAAGAUCACUGAGUACCUGUGUGAACCUCUAAGGAAGUGUCUGAAAGACGAAGACCCUUACGUAAGGAAGACUGCUGCAGUUUGUGUCGCCAAGCUGCAUGACAUUAACGCCCAGCUGGUCGAGGACCAGGGCUUCCUGGACACCCUGAAAGACCUGAUCUCCGACUCCAACCCCAUGGUGGUAGCAAAUGCAGUAGCGGCUCUGUCCGAGAUAGCAGAGUCUCAUCCUAACAGCAACCUUCUGGACCUGAACCCUCAGACAAUUAAUAAGCUCCUGACAGCCCUUAAUGAAUGCACCGAGUGGGGCCAGAUCUUCAUCCUCGACUGCCUGGCCAACUACAUGCCCCGUGACGAUCGCGAGUCACAGAGUAUCUGUGAGCGUGUAACUCCACGGCUGUCCCACGCUAACUCUGCAGUGGUUCUGUCUGCCGUGAAGGUUCUGAUGAAGUUCAUGGAGAUGCUUCCUAAAGAUCUAGACUAUUACGGCACUCUUCUGAAGAAACUUGCUCCUCCGUUGGUCACGCUGCUCUCAGCUGAAGCUGAACUGCAGUAUGUUGCCCUGAGAAACAUUAACCUCAUCGUACAGAAACGCCCCGAAAUUCUGAAGCAUGAGAUGAAGGUUUUCUUUGUGAAAUAUAAUGACCCAAUCUAUGUCAAGCUGGAGAAGCUGGAUAUCAUGAUCCGCCUGGCGUCUCAGGCCAACAUUGCUCAGGUGCUGGCUGAGCUGAAGGAAUAUGCCACUGAAGUGGACGUGGACUUUGUGCGUAAAGCUGUACGAGCCAUUGGCCGCUGUGCAAUUAAAGUAGAGCAAUCAGCAGAGCGUUGUGUCAGCACACUGCUUGACCUCAUUCAGACCAAGGUCAAUUAUGUGGUGCAGGAAGCCAUUGUGGUCAUCAAGGACAUCUUCCGCAAGUACCCCAACAAGUAUGAGAGCGUGAUUGCCACUCUGUGUGAAAACCUGGACUCUCUUGAUGAGCCCGAGGCACGCGCAGCCAUGAUCUGGAUUGUGGGAGAGUACGCAGAGAGGAUCGACAAUGCAGAUGAGCUGCUGGAGAGCUUCCUGGAAGGCUUCCAUGAUGAGAGCACACAGGUGCAACUGCAGUUGCUGACAGCUAUUGUGAAGUUGUUCCUGAAGAAACCCACUGAGACCCAGGAGCUGGUGCAACAAGUACUCAGUCUCGCCACACAGGACUCUGAUAAUCCUGACUUGCGUGACCGUGGCUACAUCUACUGGCGCCUGCUCUCCACAGACCCUGUGGCGGCAAAAGAGGUUGUGCUGGCCGAGAAGCCUCUGAUAUCAGAGGAGACGGACCUGAUUGAGCCCACCCUGCUGGAGGAGCUUAUCUGCCACAUUGGUACUCUGGCCUCAGUCUACCACAAACCUCCCAGUGCUUUUGUGGAGGGCAGCCGUGGCGUUCAGCACAAGAGACUUCCUGCUCGUGCUGGCUCUGGGGAAAGUGCAGAGAGCCCUGAUGUUGGCCAUUCUGGACCUUCUGAAGCUCCACCUGCUGUCAUUCCAUCACAAGGUGAUCUCCUAGGUGACUUGCUGAACCUGGAUCUGGCCCCACCCACUGUCACUGUCCCUUCAGUGCAGCCCUCAAUGCAGAUGGGAGCCAUGGACCUACUGGGAGGAGGUCUGGAUAGUCUGAUGGGCGAUGAAUCAGAUACGCCGGGUGGCAGGACUGAGGUGCAGUCUCCCCAACCAUCUUCUGAUUAUAGUGAGAGAGAGCUGGGAGGAGACAUCGGCGGAAGUCCUUCGAUGGGUGCCGGUUUGGGGGCGGCCCCAGCAGCCAUGCCUGCCUCUCUCGGCAGUGCUCCUACUGUUGGAGGUGGAUUGGGAGACCUUUUUGACCUUGGUGGAGGUGUUGGCAUGCCAACAGGAUCCUACGUUGCUCCCAAAACUGUGUGGUUACUGGCAAUGAAGGCUAAAGGGCUGGAGAUUUCUGGGACGUUUGCUAGACGUGGUGGGAUCAUUCAGAUGGAUCUGUCUCUUACCAACAAAGCCAUGAGUGUUAUGACUGACUUCGCCAUUCAGUUCAACAGGAACAGUUUUGGUCUCGCCCCUGCUGGCCCUAUGCAGGUUCUGACUCCUCUGAGCCCCAAUCAGACCAUUGACGUUAGUCUCCCUCUCAGCAUGAGUGGCCCUGUCAUGAAAAUGGAACCUCUCAACAAUCUGCAGGUAGCUGUGAAGAAUAACAUUGACGUGUUCUACUUCAGCUGCCAAUAUCCCCUCAGCCUGCUCUUUGUAGAGGACGGAAAGAUGGAUCGUCAGGUGUUCCUGGCCACCUGGAAAGACAUUCCAAAUGACAACGAGGCACAGUUUCAAAUCAAAGAUAUCCACCUCAACUCAGGUAACAGGAAUAAAUAUGUGCUGUGCAUGAGUGAAUUGGGUAAAGUGUGUGGAGGUAGAUGGGAAUGA